UACAUGCAAAAUCAACGUGCAAAGUGUGCAUUCUGCUCCAAGCCCUAGAUGCGAGCCUAUCCAACGGUAAGCCUACGUGUUACCUAUACAGUUCAGGAUACCCCUUUUGCUAAGCGAAUGCCCUGCCUGGAGUUCUGCGUACGGUUGGUCAUCAAUUUUCGCAGUGCAGUGUACAUCCAAUCCAAUCCAAGCCGUAGGGUGCGAUUGAUCUCUCACGUAACAUCGUGUCUGUCACCCUCACAGCUCAUGUGACUCAGGGUCCCAAGGCCCGGACGUCCUUCCCCUCUCUUCCUCGGUUUGCGCUAAUCUCCAGGAGGCCUUCUGUGCUCACUCAUUAAAAAGUUACCUCGUCCCCGCCGCCGAAAUACAUAUACCUAGGAAUACAGGGAUUGCCAGCGAGAAGCGAAUGACAUCCUUUCAGGGCUGCUUUGAAUCUUUCGCUCGGGGAGAAGUUUUUCCGUCCCGGAGUCUAGCAUUUUCGAUACUUGUGGAUUCUUAACGGAACAUAAAGUUGGAGAGAGACUGGGAGGAAAAGUCUGUCAUGACUUUGCAUUUCAUGUAGUGUGCUUGAUCCGUUGUGAAUUAAUCGAAGAUCAUUGAGGAAAAGUAGAUUUACUAAUCAAACCAUCAUACCUGCAUGCAGCAGGCUACAGAUUUAUACUCUGUGAUCUACUGCUUAUUAUACCGACAUAGUUCUGGAGACAACUUCAUAAUGGGAAAUUGCUUACCAAAAUAAUUCUGAACACAUCGGAAUCUCAGUGGAGUUAUUGGAUAGCAUUUUAUCUGUAUUUUGUUGUUUGGGAAUAUAUUGGAUUGAUUCGUCAUCGCCAAGAUGCCGUCGAGACGCAAUAAAUACAACUUGGUUGAGGAUGCCUACGACACACGCAUACCGCUUCACAGUGAGGAAGCAUUCCAACAUGGAAUACACUUUCAAGCAAAGUAUAUUGGCACACUGGAUGUGCCUAGACCAAGCAGCAGAGUGGAGAUUGUAGCUGCUAUGAGGAGAAUAAGGUAUGAAUUCAAAGCAAAAGGAAUCAAGAAAAAGAAAGUCAACCUCGUCAUAUCUGUUGAUGGCAUCCGAGUUGUCCUCAGGAAAAAGAGGAAGAAGAAGGAGUGGGAAUGGGACCAAGACAGACUGAUUCUCAUGCAGCAUCCCAUCUACAGGUAAGAUUAUCUUCUAAUCUCAUCCAUCAUUCAUCUUUGCUUGUCAAAUCUCUUGAUGCUAUCCUGAUUGGAAUGGAUAAGAUGGUGAUAGAAGGGAACAUGAAGUGAUAUUGGUGUAGAAAAAAGUAAGGCAGAAGUAGCAUGGGAAUU